ACAAGUUUCAACUUCAUUUGACAAAAGAGAACAAACUAAACACUGCUACUUACCUGAAAAAUGUCUGCUACUGUCCAGGACUUUGAGCUUGUGAGAAUUCAGGUCAUUCACUUAGUUCUCAUUAGUUCUCUCAUUUUCCACUUAAUUAGUUUUCUCAUUAGCCUUCUUUAACUACUGCUUUGUAUUUUUUUGUUUACAGACUUGUGUUCUUAAAGUACAGAUCAACUGUCAUGGAUGCUUGCAGAAGGUGAAGAAACUGCUUAAAAGAAUUGAAGGGGUUUAUCAAGUGAAAAUGGAUGUUGAUGAACAAGUGGUCAUAAUAUCUGGGAAUGUGGACUCAGCAACACUGAUCAAGAAGCUAAACAAAUCUGGAAAACAUGCAGAGCUUUUAUCAGAAAACCCAAUGGAAAACCAAGAAACAGAACUACUCUACAACUGGUUGAAUGAUGACUUUCACCAAAACCAGGGAGGUCUAAGCUGGUGUGACGAUGAGAAGACUCAAAACAGAGAACUCCUUGACUGGCUCAAUAAUACCAAGCAUCAAAACCAAAUGCACAGCUUGUACAAUUCUCUUGGAGCCUCCAAGAGACGGCCUAUGUGUGCCCCUACUGAACGAGGCUUCGAUCAUUGGGGCAACAAACAGUUUUUGGACCAGAGUAUUGGAAAUGACUCUCUCUCAGGUGAGGCAAAUCGGAAUCUUUUUGCACUAGGAAACAUGGAUUAUCCGUACAAUGUUCAGGAAGAAAGCAUCAUUAACAAUGCAGAUUUCGGAAGAACUUCUGCAUUUGGAUAUCUCCAAAGUCUACAAGGUAGAAGAAAUUCAAUGGUUGAUUUCCAAGGUCUCCGAGACAGUAAUCCUAGUUUUUAUCCAAACCAAGGUCUCAGAAGUAUUAAUUCCUGUUUUGCUAAUUUGGGAAGUGAAGAACCAGGUCUACAGAACUUACACACUGCUCAAGGGGAAUAUGGAUAUCAACCAAGGCCAUUCAGUGAGAUGAAUGACAUGCAAGCUUUCCAUUACAAACAUCCAUCUUCAACAAUGAACUCUUUUUUUGAUUACCCUCCAACAAUGAUGAACUCUUACAGGCAGAAUAGCCAUGACAAUGGCAUUGGCAACAUCAUCAAUGAUAUUUACACAUAUCAACCAGGAAGGAUUCUCAAUCAGACACCCUAUGGUGUCUUCCCACCCAACAUCAGCCAUUCUUGGAACAUGAAUAACUAUAACAAUUGAGAGACUUA